AUGCUCGUGCCUUUGCUGCAGUCACAAAUUGAUUGCCUACGAGCAUAUUCGGCAAAUGGUGCCAAACAAGUGGAGGCCGCCUUACCCGCGGGGCUGCAGGUGUUUGAGCAUGACCCGCAGAAGUUGGUCGUCGUCUACCGGAUCUCCAUCGCACUGGCCCAAGUUCGGCGAUUUGAAAUUUCAAGGCCGUCACCUUUAAAUACCCUUCCAUUGUGUCGACAACUCCCACUCACACACGCAAAUUCACCGGACACUCGCCAACCCAGUGACCGCUACUGGCAGCAGCAGCAAGAUCAAGCACCUACAUCACACACAGCACACAAAGCGCCAACCCUCCCGCCGCGUCGCAGCCCCGCGACCUCGCCAAACCGCCACCUUUGCACUCCAGGACAAGCACCAAACCGUACCACAGCGCCGUCCACGACAACUGCGGUAUAUGUAUUCGCGCCAAAGCUACGCCUUCCGAGUCGAACCUCCCCCCAAACUGCAAAAAUUUCGCUGUACGCGGAUACCUAG